GCGACACCAGACAGCAAGGUUUCGUUUUACAAAGUGUGCAAGCUCGUCAGCUGUUCAACUGCUCCAUCAUCAUUUUGUGUGGAGGGUGCUUUAAGUUCAAGUGAAGCCCAAAUGAUCCGCGGCUCAGUAAAGGAAGGGCAGGUUAAAAAAAAAGAAGGAGGGGGAACCUUUGAGCUGAGUGUCUUCUUUUCCACCCGGAGUACAGUCAGACCAGGACCGUAAAUACACCAUCGUAGCUGCAGGAGGAAGCGAUGAGGACCUAACAAAUAUUAUCGCUGUUUCAAUGACACAAAUCAGCGGUUUUCGCCCGACGUAAGAAAAGCAGAAGAGUUAAAGGUAGCUGGUAUCAGAGUGUGAAUCGUUUUAUCUAUGGAGUCGUGCCGGCGGGGCGGAGUCAGCGGGGUCCUGUGCUCCCUGUCACUGCUGUGUGUGAUCCUAGACCUCCAGCUGGACGGUGUUUUGGGGGCAACUCAUGUCGAGAUCGAGCACCACUUGGAGAUGGGCCGUAAACUUCUGGCAGCCGGUCAGCUGGCUGAAGCCUUGUCCCACUAUCACUCUGCUGUGGAGGGAGACUCUAAGAAUUACCUGACGUACUACAAGCGAGCCGCGGUGUUCCUGGCGAUGGGAAAAUCCAAAUCUGCUCUGCCAGAUCUGACCAGAGCCAUCCAGCUCAAGCCUGACUUCCUUGCUGCCAGGCUCCAGAGAGGGAAUAUCCUUUUAAAGCAGGGCAACACGCAGGAGGCCAAGGAGGACUUUGAAGUAGUGCUGUAUCGCUCUCCAGACCACGAAGAGGCUCAGGAUCAGCUGAUGAGAGCAAACGAGCUGGAGGAGCUGCAGGAGGAGGCCCAUGCUGCAUACCACCAGGGGGACUACAGCGCAACCAUCUCCGUGCUGGAGCGAGUCAUUGAGCUCUCUCCAUGGGAUCCGGAGUCACGGGAGCUUCGUGCGGACUGUUACAUCCGGAUGGGGGAUCCGCAGAAAGCCAUUCAGGAUCUAACGCCGACCACGAGACUACGCAACGACAACCGCGCGGCUUUCCUGAAGCUCAGCUUGCUACACUACAGCCUGGGAGAACACCACGAUUCACUCAACCACAUCCGUGAGUGUUUGAAACUGGACCAGGAUGACAAGGAGUGUUUCAGCCACUACAAGCUGGUGAAAAAGCUCAGUAAGCAGCUGGACUCUGCAGAGGAGCUUAUUCAGGAGGAGAGGUAUCAGGAUGCUAUUGAGAAGUAUGAAUCAGUGAUGAAGACAGAGCCGAAUGUCCUGCACUACACCAACCUGGCCAAAGAGAGGAUCUGCCACAGCCUCUUGAAGGAUAAACUGGCUCAUGAGGCGAUCGACGCAUGCUCAGAGGCCCACCAGAGAGAUCCACGCAACACCAACGUCCUCCGAGACCGAGCAGAGGCUUACAUCCUCAACCAGGACUACGAGAAAGCUGUGGCCGACUACCAGGAGGCGAAAGAGUUUGACAGCGAAAGUAACGAAAUUAGAGAAGGGUUGGAUAGAGCACAGAAGCUACUCAAGGUCUCUCGCAAGCGGGACUACUAUAAGAUCCUCGGUGUGGGAAGGAGCGCCAACAAGCAGGAGAUCAUCAAGGCGUACAGGAAACUGGCACAGCAGUGGCACCCCGAUAACUUCCAGUUGGAGUCAGAGAAGAAGGAGGCGGAAAAGAAAUUUAUCGACAUUGCGUCGGCUAAAGAGGUCCUCACCGACCCAGAAAUGCGGCAGAAGUUUGACGCGGGCGAGGAUCCACUGGACCCGGAGAACCAGCAGGGCGGAGGCGGAGGACAGGGUCAACCCUGGCCAUUUCACUUCAACCCCUUCGAGUCCGGCGGCAGCUUCCACUUCAAGUUCCAGUACAACUAG